AUGAAUCUUUCGAAAUACCAAUGGAGAAGGAAGGAAAACCCGAGAAAAAGGAUUAGUACUGGUUCAGAAUCUGAGAAGGAAGACGGGAAGAGAGAGACACAGGCGGCGGACCAACGUCAUUUUGAUUUUCUGGUUGAUUGUUUUUUAUCAUGUCUUGGUGCACGAUUGAGUCUGACCCAGGAUAUUCCACUAAAGUCUGCACUAGAAUUUGGGGAUGAACUGUCUAAUGUUGCUACACUAAUUGUUCCAGCUGGUCGUGUUUGGCAAGUGGAUUUGGAAAGAGCUCACAAGACCAUUUGGUUUGUCGGCGGUUGGCAAAAAUUCGCAGAAUAUUACUCCUUAACUGAUGGUCAGUUCUUAGUCUUUAGUUAUCAAGGAAAUUCGACAUUCCAUGUUCGCAUUUUUUAUUUCAGUUGUUGUGAGAUCGAGUACCCUUGUGUUGGUCAUAGUAUCAAACAUGAAGAGGAUGUUGAAGAUGAUGUUUGUGGAACUCUCCCUUCUCCCAGCAAAGGCAAAGGCAAAUGUGUAGAUCAACAUGUUAAGAGGAAGAGGAAAAGUGUUGCUAUUGCCAAGAGAUUUGAAGAUGAUGUUUAUAAAACUCUCCCUUCUUCCAGCAAAGGCAAAGGCAAAGAUCAACAUGUUAAGAGGAACAGGAAAAGCGUUGCUAUUGCCAAGAGAUUUAAGCGAGCCAAGUUGAAGGUACAGAGAAUGCCUAGCUCACAGGAAUUUCCCACGAGAAAGAAGAAAUAUAAGGAAAUAUUUGUUAAGAACAUAGCUGCUUACACUUAUCCUAAUUGCAAAAUGACGAUUGCCAAAGAACAGCAGAAAGUGAUCCAUGCUACCAAAAUGUUCAACUUGGAAAAUCCUUUUUUUGCAGUUAUCUUGCAGCAAUGCAAUCUUGACAGCUAUUAUAUGUAUGUUCCAACUGCCUUUGGAAGGAGAUAUAUGAGAGGGUGUCCAGAAUAUAUCAAGUUUGAGGAUUCUAAUUCUAACGAAAAGCAGUGGGUUAUCCGAUGCUUUUUCCCAUCAGAUACAAAGGUGAUGAGGAGAAUAGGCAAGGGAUGUGGUGAAUUUUUCAGAGACAAUAAUUUCAAGAAUGGAGAUGUCUGUCUCUUUGAACUGAUCAAAAGGAAGGAUGUUGUGCUAAAAUUUUCGGUAUUGCGCAACGCUGAAUAUGCAGUCAGGGUCGGUGGGAAAAAUAAAAAUCCAAAGAUUCAUGAUUGUGGAACCUUGUACUUCUCUAAGAAGAUUAAAGAGUUGGUAUUAUCCAGAGAAACCAAGAAGGCGAUGAAGGCUGCGGGAGCUUUGAAGAUUGAAAAUCCUGCUUUCAUGGUCAUCUUGCGAGCGCACAACAUGCUCAACUCUUUUGUGCAUGUGCCUGCUGAGUUUGUGAAGGAUCAUCUGCUUGGAUGUGCUAACUUCAUCAACCUUAAGGCCUCUAGUGACAAGCGGGGUGUGCCCUGCACAGUCUGCACUUAUGAGCCACUACACCACAGAAUGGAGAUACGCGGAGGAUUUGGUGAAUUUGCUAAGGAUAAUAAUCUGGAGGAAGGAGAUGUUUGUGUGUUUGAGCUGAUCAAGAGUGAGGCUGAUGCGCUCAAAGUUUCAAUAUUCCAUGCCAGUGACUAUGCAAAGUGAAAGCAGCACUGAUCAAUGGUGUCUUAUUUAUGUUGUUUAGUUAAUUGUAAUAUUAGUAAUGAAGACUUGUAUGACAUUGCUGGUUAUGUUCAAGUUCCAGAGGAAGAAUCACUGGUUUUGUAAAAUACGAAUCACAUAGAACCUGGGUAUAAGCAAAACACUAACCUAGGAAGGUCGGUAAGCUCCAUUCACAUGCUUGUUUUUAAGUCCAAAGCCUGAAGUUGACAACUU